AUGAAAUGUUGUGAAGCUAGAGCUUUACUAGGAAGCCUUGAAUAUCAGAAGGGUAAUUUUGAAGCAGCACUUCAUGUAUUUGAAGGAAUAGACAUUGCAGCUGUUGCUCCAAAGAUGAAAAUUUCUAUAUCUAGAAGAUGUGAACGGAAUAUGAAUAGACGCCGUUCGUUGAGUGAUGCAGCACCUCCUAUGUCCAUUCAUGCUGUUAGUCUACUUCUUGAAGCUGUUUUGCUCAAGGCAAAGUCAUUCCAGAUUCUUGGAAGGUUUCAAGAAGCUGCUAGAUCAUGCAAGACUAUUUUGGACACCGUUGAAUCUGCAUUACCUGAAGGAUGGCCUGAGAACUUUGAUUUAGACAGAAAGUUACAAGAGACUAUAAGAAAUGCUGUAGAACUACUUCCAGAGCUAUGGAACCUUGCCGGCUCUCAUCAACAUGUCAUAUCAUCAUUUAGGAGGGCCUUGCUUUAUCCAUGGAAUCUUGACAUUGAAACAACUUCAAGAAUUCAAAAGGAAUUUGCUAUGUUUCUUCUGUAUAGCGGCUGUGAAGCGAGUCCUCCUUCGCUUCGCUCUCAAUUGGACGGUUCCUUUGUCCCAAGAAACAAUAUAGAAGAAGCUGUUCUCUUGCUUCUUAUUCUGCUGAGAAAUUCUGCUAUAGGAAGCAUUGAAUGGGACCCUUCAGUAGUUGAUCAUCUUUCUUUUGCUCUAACUGUUUCCGGGGAGUUCAAGACACUGGCUCAACAGGUUGAGGAAUUGCUUCCGGAAACCAUGGAGAGGAAAGAAAGACAUUAUAUUCUAGCACUUUGUUACUUUGGUGAAGGUGAGCACAUGAUUGCUUUGGAUCUUUUGAGGAACUCUUUGAAUGAUAGAGAGAACUCGGAGUGCGAACAGGAACUGCUUCUAGCUUCAAAAAUUUGUGCAGAUAACAUGGUUUGUGUUGAGGAUGGAAUCAAAUAUUCUUGCAAAGCAAUUUCUCAGUUGGAUGGAAAGUGCAUGCAAGUGGUGGCAAUUGCAUAUUGCUUACUAGGUGUUCUGCUCUCAUCGAAAUCAAGGUUGAUAGCUUCUGAUUCAGAGAAAGUUUUAAUGCAAUCCGAAGCACUGAGGGCUCUGAAAACGGCAGAGAGAACGAUGAGUGAGAGUGAUCCUUACAUAGUCCUUCAUCUUUGUCUAGAAUACGCCGAGCAGCGGAACUUGAGCAUUGCUUUUUGUCAUGCAAAGGAACUGGUUAAGCUUGAGGGUGGAUCUAGUGUUGCUGCAUAUGUAUUACUUGCAAGGAUUUUAUCAGCUCAAAAGAAUUUUGUGGAUGCAGAGUUGGUUAUUGAUGCUGCCAUAGAUCAAAGUGGGAAAUGGGAUCAAGGAGAGUUGUUGAGAACCAAAGCGAAACUCCGGAUUGCACAGGGAAGAUUAAGGAGUGCAGUGGAGACAUAUACUUUCCUCCUUGCUGUGCUUCAAGUCCAAAACAAAAGUUUGGGCACUGCAAAUAAGGUUAUGAAGUUUCACUCUAGCAUUUGAGAUAUG